AGAGGAUAAAAGAGUCAUAUUUGUUAAAGUAAGUCCUGGAGAAACUAUUGACGAUGUCAUGGCUUGUAAUGUACCGUCGGAAUUAACAAACCACGAGACAGAUGAAAUUACGGCGUCUUCCAAGUUUGACGAACAAUGUUCCAAAAAAAAUGAUUACUUGUCAACAUGACAUGGUAGUUGACAUUAUUCUGCAGAAUGACUUUAAAUACAUACAGUGCAAAAUGAAACCUGGGACAGCAUCUGCGGCCUCUGACAGAUGUAGUAGCACACCUGCCAAAUCUACAGCAUUUGACGUUCUAAUGAGUAUGAGACGCAGUUACUCAUUCCUACCAAAACCAAGAGAGAAGCAGAAUGAAAAAGAUCGUAUGUAUAAUGAUAUUAUAGCCUACUUAGAGAAGGAAAAUGUGAAAUUUAUGAAUCAUCAAAGUAACCUUGAAAUGAGAGUUGCGAAGGAUCUUUGUGAUGUUCUAUGGUAUAUAGACCCCUUUCAGGAGAGACUAAGAGCCAGGCGUAUUAAAAUACCGAAGCCAUUUGAUGACUUUACUGGUUACAGAAAAUGGAAGGAGCAACAUAAGCGAGAACCUCGUGUAAGAUAAUAAAAUGACUUGUUCAUUUAAUAAAAAUACAUGUAUCUUAAAAUUGUUCAACAUUAUCACCCACAUCAUAUGACACAAGGUGCAUAACUCUGGCGCAAAUUUUUCAUGAUUUAUUCCCCCUUUUUACUUCUAAUUUCAGGUAAAAGUUUUUAUUAACUUUCACUCUAUCUCUGUUAUUACCGAAUUAAUUUGAUUGAAACUUAGAAUAAAUUGUUCAGUAUUAUCACCCACAUCAUAUUACAUAUAAAGGUGCAUAACUCUGGCACCAAUUUGUCAUGAAUUAUGCCCUCUUUUACUUACAAUUUAUGGUUAAUUUUUAUGCAUUUUCACUCUAUCUCAGUUUGCAGUGUUACGAAAUGCAUUAAUUUUUAUUCAAACUUUAAGUAGUUGUUUCACAUCAUCCACAUCAUAUGCACAAGAAAUUGUCUUUCAUGUAAGCUUUAUAAUACUUCCUGUAUGUCAGUAUUGUACUUGAAGGUAAAGGUCAUGCAGGUCAAAUCUUGCUUCAUUAGGUUGUGAUUUUCUGUAUUGCAGAUAACUGUGGAGGAACUGCAAACACAGAUGGCAAAGUUGUAUCACAUCAUCAUGCUUCCGUGGCUUUUGAAUGAAAAAUUAACAUCUUUUCGAACAAAACUGAGUGACUUUUUAGAAGGUUUACAGAAGUAUGCAGCAUUUUUAGGCGAACAGAGGAAACGUUCCGAUGGUAAUCAUAAGAACCCUGAACCAGUGCGAUCCUGGAGUGACAACUUCAGUUUUCAGAUCAGAUCCACACAUGAAAAGUCAUCAAAAGGAAAUGUCAAAUCAAAGAAGUCAAAAGAGUUUGACUAUAGUAACCUGAUCAAAGUUUUAGAAAAAAUGAAUUAUUAUGAACCAUUGGAUCUAGUAGAGAUAGAGCCAAAUGACCCUGUUAAACGUAGGGUGUGGUUGGAACACUUAGAGUUACCUUUUCCGUAUGGAAUUUUCACUUACAGUCAUGGAAAUUACCUCGGAAAUCUGACAGUAAUUUGGAAACAACCUGAAAAUGAGCAAUAUCAUGACAGUGCAGGAGAUAUAAGAGUUAUUAAUGACAUCAAAUCAAACAUAAUUAAGUAUGCCACACGAGCAAUGAAGAAUGAGUUCAUGGAUCUAUAUGCAAGGUCAACGAAAGAUAAGCCGGCUAUUCUGCGGUCUAUGUUCUCAUAUCUUAAAGGCUUUUCUAUGUCACCUUGUAAUGAACAGGAAGCUGCUAUUGACAAAAGAGUUUGCGAAUUUCUGUUAAAUUCAGAUGAUCCCUUCGGAAGAACAAUGGUAGAAUAAGAGAUCCAAAAUUUGAUCCUUUCUGGGAUGAACUUGGAAAAUACUUGAACCAAAAAAGUGUGGUUCAUGAACGUCGUAACACAGAUGUGGCAUAUAUGCCAUUUGCAGUUUCAGUUUCUGACUUGAGGGAUCAAAUUCUAGAGCGCAUGCCUCCCAAUUCAGUUGCUCCUUCUACAUCCUGUAUACGCCUUAACUUUUGCCCAUCAAAUCAGUAUGCCGCAAGUGCAGCAAUAUACACUGGCAAAUUUAAUGUCAGACAUGCUGUCCAACAGCGUUUACUUAGAGCUCAGCAUGUUGAUUCAGAAUAUGCAUAUUACCAAUACAUGCUACUGAAACAUUUUGCUGUAAAAUGGAGACGUAGUACACGUAUGCAGUGCCUUGAUGAUAAAGCCAUAAUCGCUGUAGGGGAGCAAGGAAAACCCACAGGUGCAUGUAGCAGAUCUCAUAACCGUGGACUUGUAUCUGGUACUGGUCCUCAGCUUCUGUAAUUGGACCACGACUACCAUAUAUGUGGACUAGUUCCAUCUGUAUUUUUGGAAGUGAACAUUCCAUCUGAAGUGAAAGAAACUUUUCACCGUGGUAAUGUUCACAUAACGGUGAAAGAUAAGGUCUUCCAAGCAUCAUCCCCAUUGCGACAUGCCACAGAGACUGUAAAAAUUGUUCGCGACUCUUAUUCUGAAGAUGGAGUACACAGUGACUGUCCUAUAAUUGUGCGAUACACAGACGGUGGACCAGACCAUAGAACCACAUACACCAGUGUCCAGUUUGCUGCUAUACUCGAGUUCAUUGCACUAGAUUUAGAUAUGUUCAUUGCAUGCAGAACAGAACCCAAUCAAAGCUAUAAUAAUCCAGCCGAACGAGUCAUGUCCCUUCUAAACAUAGGCUUGCAAAAUGUUUCACUAUCAAGGGCAGAAAUGGAUGCAGGAAAUGAAAUGUUAAUGAAAUCCAUGACAUCUUUGAAAAAAAUUCGUAACUGUGGUAAACCAUCCCUACAAAAAGCACUACAAGAAUCUGUUGUUACAAUGUGCAUUGUGAAAGACAUUUUUGCUCGAUUGCAGCGAAAGCAUGGAACAGUCUCUGUUCAAAAUGCAUGUACAGAAGAAGAGAUCUCAGACCUUUCAAGUAUGAUGAGGUUAAUUGCUAUGGAGGAUGUCGAUCCGAAGAAGAAGUUUAGCCAGAACGAGAGACUUUACGACUUUGUGAAACGCCACUGCAGAGAACGUCAUUAUGUAUUUCAGAUAAAGAAGUGUGACCUUCAGAAUGUGGAAACCUGUCAAUACUGUUGCCUUUCUCUACCCAGAAUACUAGAAGACAAUUAUAGAGAGUUACACUUUCUACCUGACCCGGUUUUAGACCAGGAUGAAAAUUACAAAAUCUUCAAUGAGGUGUAUGGUACAGAGACAACAGAAAGUGAUAGACCAUCACUCAAGCCAAAGUUCGAGGCUUUGUACUGUGUGGAGUGUGGUAAGAGGAGGGUGGUUUAUUGUAAGACCAGCCUGACACGACCACAGGAACAACUAAUAAUACGUGUCCAGGAGGAGUUGCUGUAUGUUUGUGGUAAUCCACUCUUUCCUAGAGGACCUAUGCAAGACAUCCUUAUCGUUAGAGAAGGAUUGAGUUGUUCAUUUCCAAUAGAGGUGUCUUAUUAUGCUGGAAUAACACAGACAUUUGAUGAAAUAUGUUUCUUCUGUGGUGAUGUGGACAUUUUGAGAAAUGACGAGAUCAACCAACUGAAGGAGGACUUCAGCAUUGUCAGACCAGUUUGCAAUACAUGCUUCACUGUCAAGCAUCUCAAACCAGCCACUAGGAAUGCAAAAAAAAACCAAAAAACAGAAGACAAAAUAAAAUUAAUACACGAAUUAUGUAUAGAUCAUAGAAACUUUCUACAAAACAUUAUAUUAAUAAAAUACUAAUAAAAGGUUAUAUUUUUUAAUGGUGCUGAUAAGGUCAGAGUUUUAUAUGUGACAUGUGUUUGCCUUGUAAAAGUGUAAUGUUGUAAGGAAAGUCAUAUGUGAAGUUCGGAGUAACUGUAAAUAUUUGAAUGGAAGUUUUGAAGUGGCAUUUUUAAAAAUAGGUUAUAUUUUAAUGGUGCUGAUAAGCUCAGAGUUUAUGUGAC